ACAGGAAGUGAGUUUGCAGUCAGAAGCAGAGCUGGCGCCGCAUUCUGUGACGGGUCAUUCCUGUAAACUGUUGUGAACAUGGUACAUCUCUAAUGUCAGACUCCGCCACUGCCACCAUGCCCUGUUUGGGCGAUCAUCUCUCGAACCACACUUGAUGCCAUCACUGCAGGCGAACUACAGAUCCUACAGGCCGGAGCCUGGUCCAUCUGGAGGAUGGGUAAUAUGAUGAGAAGUGUGAGUGCCAGGGACAAGGUCAACACUGAAAACUAUGACAGCUCUCAGAAGACAGAUUCCGAAGAUGACAUGGUGGUGGUGCUUCAGGACUACCCGUCUCCUGAAAUCAGCGAGCCCAUCUACACAAUGGGGGAGAAGCUCAGAAUCAUCGCACAGGAGGCCUAUUGGUGGAGAGUCCGCUCUGUCCAAACUGGGAAGGAGAACUACAUACCCAACAGUCAUGUGGCAAAAGUGUACCACGGUUGGCUGUUUGAGGGGGUAGAGAGGCAAAAGGCCGAAGAGCUGCUGCUUCUACCUGGGAACAGAGUGGGAUCCUUUCUGGUGCGGGAAAGUACCAGGGAGAGAGGUCUGUAUUCACUCUCGGUGAGGCACAGGAUCAUAAAGCACUAUCGUAUCUUCAGGCUGGACAACAGCUGGUACUACAUCUCCCCACGCCUCACUUUCCAGUGCCUUGAGGAUAUGAUCAACCACUACUCUGACUCUGCAGAUGGCCUAUGUUGUGUGUUAACUUCUCCCUGUCUGUCGGGCAUGACCCUGCAAUCAGAUGCAAAUCCUGGAGCUCCACCCGUAGUCAUGCGCCGCAACUUUGACUGGAAGAAAGUGGACAGGAAAGAGCUGGUCAGCACAGACAGCUGCAGUGACAACAUGGUGAGCUACGGUGUCAGAAACAGCAUCGCUGCCUAUCUGUCCUUUUCUGGGAAUCAAGACUCUGCACAAAUAAGAGCAGAGAGCAGGAAGAAGAAAAGCAAAUCUGUUUAUGCUCUCCCUGAAAACAGCAUCUCAAACCUUGACUAUGAAGAUGACCUCUAGAGACAGCACUGGGGAUUUAAAAUACUGGAAUACCUUCAAGUGGAGGACAUCCACCACAUUUCUAAUGUCAGCAGAGGACUGUGCUGAACUGACACUGAUCUGAAGCAUCCCAAGCAUCGAAGUGUGUUGUAGUCUCUAAUGUGAGCACUUUGAAGUACCUUAACAAUAACACAAAUUGCAUGACCACUUACACGUUGACUCUGCUGAUAAGAAAGAACCGUAUGACCGUAUGUUGAACUGGAUGAUGGUGCAAUUGAACUGUGGAGUGUAUUCUGCACACGAGCCGGAAAAACAAACAGCCUGCCAUUAUGAUAGUAAAAAUAAGACUUGAAUGCUAUGGGUAUUGUUUGGCAAUAUUAACGUGUAUAUGAGUAUUAGUGGCUUUCAAACUACUCUUGCUUUGUUAAUAAAUGUUGAAUGAUCA